CGCCCGGCGGCAGCGCAAGCACAGCCGUCCCGCUCGCAGCAGCAGCAGCAGCACGUGACGGGAGCGGGGCGACUUUUUCCAGGCGGCCGUCGCUGGCGCUGUGCUCGGCCGCGGGAGGCACCGGGCGAGCUGCCCGCGGACUGGACUUUCAAAAGCAGUUCCUGCAACGGGGGCGGCGGCGGUGGGUGGCGUGCUUUGGGCUGCAGGACAGAAGGCCGUUUCGAGGGGGCUCCGCCUUGCUCUGCCCCCCCCCCCCCCCCAGCUGCCUGGGGGCUUCAUGCGCGCAGCGGUGAGAGCGCCUCUUCCCGCCCGCUGGCCAUGUCGCUGAACGCCUCGGCAGCGGAGGGCAACCGCUCCUUGCCGUCGUCGGCGUCGGGGGGCUGCGGCGGCCCCGCAGGAGGAGGGGGCGGCGGCGGCGAGGACGAGCCCUUCUCCCUCCUGAGCCUGCUGGCGCUGAGCCUGCUGGCGCUGCUGACGGUGGCCACGUUCGUGUGGAACCUGCUGGUGCUGCUGACCAUCGCGCGCGUGAAGACGUUCCACCGCGUGCCGCACAACCUGGUGGCCUCCGCGGCCGCGGCCGACGUGCUGGUGGCGGCGCUGGUCAUGCCGCUCAGCCUGGCCAAGGAGCUGUCGCCCGGGCGGCGCUGGCGGCUGGGCCGCGAGCUGUGCCACGUGUGGGUCUCCUGCGAUGUGCUGUGCUGCACGGCCAGCAUCUGGAGCGUCACCGCCAUCGCGCUGGACCGCUACUGGUCCGUCACGCGGCACCUGCAGUACACGCUGCGCGCCCGCUGGCGCGCCUCCGGCGUCAUGAUCGGCGUGGCCUGGGCGCUGUCGGCGCUCAUCGCGCUGGCGCCGCUCCUGGGCUGGGGCGAGAGCGCGUACGGCGCCGAGCAGCAGCGCUGCCAGGUCAGCCAGGAGCCCUCUUACACCGUCUUCUCCACCUGCGGCGCCUUCUACCUGCCCCUCGGCGUGGUGCUGUUUGUCUACUGGAAGAUCUACCGGGCAGCCAAGUUCCGCAUCGGGGGGCGCGGCAGGAGCAACGCCGUCGCGCCCCUCCCGGAAACUGGCCAGGUGAAAGAAGUUUCUCAGCCACAGAUGGUGUUUACAGCUCGUCAUGCGACUGUCACUUUUCAGACAGAUGGAGAAACAUGGAAGGAACAGAAAGAAAAAAAAGCUGCUAUGAUGGUUGGCAUUUUAAUUGGUGUGUUUGUACUUUGUUGGAUUCCCUUCUUUGUCACAGAAUUAAUAAGCCCUCUCUGUUUCUGCACCAUUGCACCUAUCUGGAAAAGUAUCUUCCUCUGGCUUGGCUACUCCAAUUCUUUCUUCAAUCCUCUCAUUUAUACAGCAUUUAACAAAAAUUACAACAAUGCAUUCAAGAACCUUUUUGUGAAACAGAGAUAAAAGGCUGCAGAAAAGACAACUGCUAUGUUUAUUUUGCGCUACUGAUAUAACUUACGCAAGGUUUCUUUGAUAUGUGAAACAGAGCAAGAUGCACACAUGGAAAUUAAAGCAAUAACAGAAGUGCUUGAGGUAUCAAUCAAUGAAGUUAAUACAGCUCAUUGCAAUACAGAAACAGAAGCCUAGAAUGUUUGUAUGUGUGGAUGGGUUGGAAUUUAAUAACUGCAAAGUCCUCCCCCACUUUUGGCUAUGGAGGUGUUAUGUAAAUCCCAAACUCACAGUUUUCUGGCUUCGUUCCAUUAAAUCAUUUUCAGACAAAAAUACCAUGUUUCUUGCUAGGUGAACAGUCACAACUUCAGCUUUUAAUCUCAUGAGUGGAAAAUCACAGAGUUCCUGCUGCGUUGUAUAACUUAACUGCUUCAGUCUCAUGAGUAUCCAGAUGGCUGCUCCCAUAAUGACUCUGAGUAAAAAACUCAGUGACUGUUAGGAUCUUAGAAUUAUUGGAUUCAUGUGGCAGAACCUCUUUUAGUUUAAGGUUGCAACAAAACCAAGGGAAGAUCAGUAAUGCAGAAUGACCCAAGAAAGAUGAAUUUAAUUCCCUGUAAGCAUAAAAGACCCUGAAAUCUAAGUUGUUUCAGGCUUACUUAACUUUUCUUAACUGGAUAUGCAUACACAGAGUCACCAUGUGUGUAUCUCUCGGCCAGUUAAUGCAACUCAACAUUCUUAUAAGCAAGGUCUCACUUCCCUGGAGAUUAAAUGUUGGCUUAUUCUGGAAUGAUCAUUUUACCUUUCUUUUAGUCUGCCUAUUCAAGGAUAGGAAAGCAUAUUGCAUUAAAUGAGCAGUAACUUGAGACCGUCAAUUAUAGGCUACUCUUUUUCAGAAAACUUAUUGGCACUACAUUCCUCUUCUAAAAGAGCACUCAUUUGCAUUUUGCACAUUAAGUGGCUACCAGGCCGCGGAAAGUACAUGCAGUCUUAGAACAAGCACACUUGUUUUGCUUUGCUUUUACUAAGGUAAGUGAGGUGAUCUUUUUCUGUGAGCAAACGGCAGAUUUGGGUUCUCCAAGGAUUAAUGGUGUAGCAAUAAGCAAAAGUAAUAAACAUUCAGGUUUUGUCAAUUUACUGAAGUAAUGACUAAAUAGAUGGUGAAUCUCCACCACAACCAGAUGUAAUACAAAGGGAUCAUAAACUGUGGAAGGGAAAGUAGGACAUUUGUGUUUUGGAGUCCUAAUCUCAGAAGCUAGUAAUAUGAAAGUUCUCUAACCUGACCAUUGAACGAUAGGUUUCCUGUAUUUGAAAGAGUUCUGGUGCAGAACUUCAAGCUCAGAAGCCAGAUCCAGCCCUCUUGGGGUGCUGGCUUGGUCCUCUGGGGUUGCUUAGAUGCCCAUGGCAGCUUCCCCACAUCUGCUCCAUUUUCUUCAGCCACCAAUUGUUUGGUGGUUCCCAGCCUUUGUGCAGUUCUGUUCCCGUUCUCAGAAGGGGAAAGGCCUAUCUGAAGGCUUUGUGACUGGAAUGAAGAGCUUUAGGCUGCAAUACGCUGGCAUUUUAGUCCUGCAUCCCUUUGCUCCCCUCACAACUCACUGUUAGAAUGCCCUGCUGAAAGUUUUCAAGAAAUGGAAUGUGGUGUUAGAGCUACAAGAGGCGGCGUUCUGCCAAUGGAGAGAUGUACCCACAGACGCAUGCAAUACGCUGGCACUGUGGUGACCUCAACAUAGGCAGCCUCCUUGUGCUGAGCUGGAGCGCAUGGACCCACUGCAACAUGCACACUAGUGGAAUUGAGUGCACAGGACCUCUUGUGAACUGUAUCGUUUUUUGGUGAUUGUUGUACAUAAGACCAGAGAGUGUCAGCUAUUGGGUGGUAUGAUGAUGCAACACCAGUGACAUUAGGUAACACAAUGGAAUUCCCCAGAAAACAUUGGCUGCAGUGCCUCCCCUCUCUCGCCCAUCAGUGCCAGCUUCAAGGUUGGUCUUGCAAACUCAAAGCUUCAGCCUGUGUGGAAAACUCUGCACGAGCUCUAAGAAGUGAGGGUGCUCAGAAUUCAGAGUCCCUGGUUCGACCUCAGAGCUCUUAUCCAAGGUAGGAGCUGGAACUCUGACUUGCCAUAUGGCCAUUUAGACAGUGAGAUUGGGUCCUAAAGCUCACACUGCCAGUAUCUAAGCAUUAGUGAGGCAUUUCCAGCUAUUAGAAUGGGAAAGGCUGUACAAAGGCCAAGAUCCCACUAAAUGAGGAUUAGGAGGAAGAGGGUGGGGCAAGGGAAUGGCCUGUAGACACCUCCAUAAGCCUGCCUUUGGGUUCCUGCUAUAGGAUAUCCCAUUCCCCAGGUGCAUAAUUGGAAGUACCUUCUGUUUGAUCACACGGCAAUUUAGAGUCCAUUCUUUCUGGUCGCAAAGCAGACAAUGUGUUCGAUGUAACUAAUGUGGAGCGAGGCAUCUAUUGCCAUUUGCACUUAGUCAGAUUCUCAUUGUGUGAGACCUCAUAUUUGAAACCAGUGAAACAGUAGAUUUUGUAGAGGUAUUUCUAUUUGCUAAAUCCAUUUGUUUUGGCUGCUUGGACAAAAUAAACUUCAAAUCCCUUCCUAAUCUUCAUUUGAAACACACAGAGAUACUCAUAGUUUAGAUCCUGAAGGAGCCAUCCAAUUCCAAAACAACAGCAUGGAAGUUUCUGUGGAGAGUUGCAGGUGCCCUUAAGUGGCAGCUCAUCAUAGAGGUAGCAAAACUCCAUUUUUGUAUCCCUCACUCUUGAUCAAGUGGUUUUGAUUUUUAUUGUCCAAAAUGUUUCUGUAAUGAAUAUUGUGUACAUAAAAAGAAACUUGACUUAAAA